AUGGCGGAUGAGCUGGGGAGGGCUCCUGGUGUUGGCUCCAGCAGCGAUUCGAAUCCGUCGCAAAGUCCUGGCCUUUCUCCCCCACCCUCCGAUAGUCGCUUCGAACAAAGGCACAGUCCGUCCCAGCUACAGUCCCCUCGAAUGCCGGACUUGGUUCGAGAUUCAAAACUUGAAACCCACUUCUUGCCCGAUAGCAGCGUUGAAACUGUGCAUACAUACCAUGAGCCGGACUAUAAAUCGCGACGUCGACUCGUCUCCCGAUCCGAGCACUGGAGGCGGUAUGGAAAGAUUGGCGGUGGAAGCUAUGGAAGUGUUUGGCUAGAAAAAUGUAUCAAAGGAGCUCGGCGGGAAAAUGCACUUCGAGCGAUCAAGCAGAUGGAGGUGCGACGACAAUCGACACGAGUGGAUUACAAUCGGGAAUUGGAGGCUAUAGCAAAGUUCUCGCAUUGGAAAUACGAGCGUGCAUUUGUCAAGUCAUUUGGUUGGUAUGAAAGUCCUGACCAAUUAUUCAUCGCGAUGGAAUAUCUUGAGUUGGGAGAUCUCCAUACGUAUUUACAGCAUAAGCCAGCGCUACCAGAACACGAAGCGAAGGAGGUCACUUUUCAAAUUCUGGAUGGUCUCUUCCUGAUGCACGACAAUGAAUUCGCGCACCGUGAUUUGAAGCCCAGAAAUAUUCUUCUGAAGUCCUGUCCUCCUGAUGAAUGGUGGGUCAAGAUAGCGGACUUUGGUAUCAGCAAACGAAUCGAAGAUGAAGUUGGAGGGUCGUCCACGCUAAAAGGAACACUUGGCUAUAUUGCACCCGAGCUGCACGGCUUUAUCAAGCGCGGUAGUCCAUAUGCGCCGGAUCUUUGGGCGGUCGGAGAGAUUGCAUUUCAAAUGGUCACCAAGCAAGCGACAUUUAAAAACCUUGGCAUGCUGUUCAAGUACAUGAGCGAUCUCGAUAUGUUUCCGUAUGAUCUACUCCUGGCGGCACGUGUCAGUCAGAGCGGCCAGGAAUGCAUCUUUUCUCUCAUGCACCCAGACCCCCUUCACCGCGCAACCGCAGAGUUGGCUUUACAACACACGUGGUUCAAUGAAGCUCCGCUAUCCCGUCAAGGCUCGGUUAGAUCGGGUCGCAAUGUAUCCCCCCCGGCUCCGGUCGCAGAUCCAGAAUCCGAAGAGCUUGCGACGUGGAAUACUAUCGCCACACAGGAAUCAAAGAACGACUCUAACCAGAUACACGAGGCUGAGAUGGCAACAUGGAACACUGAAAUUAGCCACGGGAGAGACAUGAGCCUGGACUCGCGGCAGGUUGCCGGGUCUCCAACCGGGACGAUUGGUGUUCCUUUGGCAGGAGAUGCGUCCCCCGUCGAAGAUGACAUGCGGACCCACGUCCAUUCGUCGGAGCAGGAAAAUGUAAAUCUGAACCCGACGCCUCUGGAUGAACUCGCUCAAUUCUUUGGUGAGGGUCAGUCCGAGAUCCACCGUGGUUCAGGCACGCAAAAUGUUCAGGUUGAACGCGCCGACCCUGAGUCCACCACCAUGGGAGGCGCAACUCUCGUCCAUGCCGAUGAGCCUGCCACACAGGUUGGCGUCGUCAGGGAGACAGUACCAGCAUUUCAUUGGUUCAACGAACACUCGCAGCCUUUCCAUAACCCUUUCAAUGAGGCGCGACUGAAUCAGCGAUACUCACCGGCCAGGAAAGGAGUUACAUUAUCAACUGUAGAUCUACCGAGAACCUAUGGCUAUGGUAAUUUGGGCGCCGGUGAUGUGGGAAACACCGAUACUUUUAUUUCCCAGCGAAUGAGAGAAAUAUGGGAUUCAAGAGCGCAUAAUAACCCACCACCAGAACAGCCAAAUGGUUCGGAACUAUACACCACAGAAUUAGGAUACCCUCAAGAACAGGACCCAUUCACAGCGGGGAUAACGUCCACGAGCGAACGACCAACGUGGCAGUCGCAGGAAACCACUGCCAAGCAAUCAUCUGACGCUAAAUCCAAAAUCGGCAGGACAUUCAAAGGUAUAUUCAGUGGAUGGCGGAGCAACGAUUUCAAGGCCCAUAAGCAUCUUCCUGCGCUCGAUGAGUCUGCCCGACGCAAUUCUAGCCCCGGAGAUUCUCAACCUCAUAUCCCAUUUGAGAGCGAUACCCUAUACACCAGGCCACCACCCUCCUUUGGACGCCAAACGGGUUUGCGCAAGAUAUUUGGGGUCACGAUAGACGAGCUCUACUCCUGGCACCCAGACUUUCCUGUUCCUAAAGUCGUCCAACAAUGCAUCGAGGCUGUUGAGAGAUUUGGCCUUGAGCUAGAGGGGAUAUACCGCCAGUCCGAGAAGCCGGAGACCAUGGAACGUAUGAUUGCGGAGUUUGAAUUCAACCCACAACACGACUUGACAAUACCUGCCAACUUCCAUCAUAACAUCCACAACGUUGCGAGUCUAUUGAAAAGAUUCUUGAGGGAACUGCCAAUCCCACUGCUCAGCUUGCGGUAUUAUUCUGCCUUCAUUGAUGCAGCUAAAUUAAGCGAUGAUAUUCAGCGUCGAGACUCUAUUCAUGCUAUUGUGAAUCAGCUUUCUGAUCCACAAUACGCGACCCUGAGGGCUUUGACACUUCACCUAAAUAAGGUCCAGCAGCAUUCCAACCGGAACCGGAUGACCAUUGGAAAUCUCGCAAUCAUUUUUGGGCCAACGCUUAUGGGUUCCAGUGUGCCGAAUAUGGUCGAUACCGGCUGGCAAGUUCGGACGGUUGAAACUAUUAUCGCAUGCGCACUGGAUAUUUUUGAUGAGCUUUGA